AUGCGGGAGAUUGUACAUCUUCAAAUAGGUGCUUGUGGAAAUCACAUCGGGUCAAAAUUCUGGGAGCUAGUCAGUGAAGAGCAUGGGGUCGACCCCACUGGAACUUUCCGUGGAGCCAGCGACCUACAGAUAGAAAGGAUCAACGUUUAUUACAACGAAGCAUCAGGUGGCCGGUUCGUACCGAGGGCUGUGCUAGUGGACCUUGAACCCGGCGUCUUGGACGGUGUCCGCGGGGGCCCCUUUGGGGGCAUCUUCAACCCCAGCAACUUCAUGUUUGGGAGAGCCGGCUGCAGCAACAACUGGGCAAAAGGUCAUCUCACAGAUGGAGCGGAGUUGGCAGACAGCAUCAUCGAGUGUACUCGUAGAGAAGCCGAGAGAUGCGAUUACCUGCAGGGGUUUCAGAUAACACAUUCUCUAGGAGGAGGAACCGGUGGUGGGCUAGGGUGUCUACUGCUGCUGAAGCUGAGGGAUGAGUUCGCUGACCGCAUGUUCUGCUCCUUUGCCGUGCUGCCCUCACCAAAGGUAUCCGACGUUGUGGUGGAGCCCUACAACGCCAUCCUGUCCCUGAACGUGCUGGCGGAUGCCGCCAACCACGUCUAUGUGCUGGACAACGAGGCUCUCUAUGACAUCUGUUUUCGGACACUGAAACUGGCAGCCCCCACUUAUGGGGAUCUCAACCAUCUCAUCUCCUUCGUCAUGUCUGGCGUUACGACUAGCUUCAGAUUCCCGGGUCAGUUAAAUGGCGAUCUCAGAAAACUGGCCGUCAACAUGAUUCCCUUCCCGAGACUGCAUUUUUUCAUGCCUGGGUUUGUUCCGCUGAUGUCCAGAGGAAACCAGGCUUACAGAGCAAUGACGGUUGCAGACCUGACCCAACAGAUGUGGGAUCCCAAAAACAUGAUGUGUGCAGCCGACCCACGCCACGGCCGGUAUUUGACAGCAGCCGCUGUGUUCAGGGGUCUACUUUCUACCAAA